GCCUCUAAAAGCAACGCGACACUCUGGUCACGUGGUAUGACCGAGUAGGACGGCCAUCUUCCCUAAAACACAAACAACAAGAGCGUACUAGACAUCAACACGCAACGACCAUUGGAGAGGGAGAGAGAGCAAAAAACUGUAAAAAAAACGGAACACGAUUCUCGAAGAGGAGCACAGAACACAAACAACUGCACAUGCAUCCAAAGUGAAGAUCGUCGAGUUUGACGGGGCGACUGGACAGUAAAAUCGCAUCGACAGCUCCAGAAAUACGAUAAAGGAGGGAGAGGGAUUGUCGGCGUGAGGAGGGGGUUACCAGCUGGGACCUGGUCCAUACAGCAUUGCCAGUACAACAGAAAGAGUUAGAAAGACACACACAUAUAGAGAAAGAGAGAAGCUUAUUGGGGUCAUAACUGCUUCUGGCAGCUGUAUUAUCAACAACCCUCUCACCCAGACCUGGUCCAGCCUAGUCUUGCCUGCGCCACUCCCCCGGACAGGACUUUCACCUCUGAGAAGGAAGGAAGAAUAUGACUGCUGAAACACUUAACUUUGGCCCAGAAUGGCUCCGUGCACUUUCCAGUGGAGGCAGUGUGUCUUCCCCUCCUGCCUCUCCUGCUAUGCCAAAGUACAAGUUGGCCGAGUACCGUUAUGGCCGAGAGGAGAUGCUAGCACUUUAUGUCAAAGACAACAAGGUCCCUGAAGAAAUGCAGGAUAAAGAGUUUGCUGCUAUUCUGCAGGAUGAGCCUCAACAGCCACUGGCACUGUUGCCUCUCACUGAAGAGGAGCAGAGGAACUUCUCCAUGUCUGUCAACAGUGUGGCUGUGCUGAGGCUUAUGGGUAAGGGGGGCGGGGCCGCCCCUGCUGGAGUGAACCGAGGCAGAGGCAUUGUGAGAGGCGGUCGAGGUCGAGGAAGAGGAGAGGGCGGUUUCUACCAAAGAAGCAGUGAGGAAGGAGAGGGCGGUUUUGGUCGUAGCGUUCGAGAGAUCCAUCGCAGUCAGAGCUGGGAUGACAGAAGUGAGAGACGUUUUGAGAAACCUCUGCGGAGGGAAGGUGUGCGUCUUGGUUUUGAGGAGGGGGGUCCGGGUGGCAGAAAGGAGUUCAUGCGCUCUGAUAGCGACAACUGGCGCAUGCUGAGAGAGGAGCAGGAGGAGGAGGACACAGGAGAGGCUGGUGGCAGCUGGAGACUCACCGGCUCACGAAGAGAUGAUGGUGGUCCUCGCUCCGCCGGUUGGCGCGAACACUCUGGCCCGGGUGAAGUUCGCCGCAGGAAGUUUGACUUCGACUUCCGGGAUGGAGGAAAUGAGGGAGGCAGACGGAGAGCAGGCAGCGAAGGAGCAGAGGAGGAGAGAGAUGGUCUGCCAGAGUGGUGCACAGAUGAGGAAGAUGGAGAAAUGGGAACUUUUGAUUCUUCUGGAGCGUUUAUGUCUAUUAGGAAGGGCCCGAAAGACCCCAUUCCAGAAGAGGAGUUUGAGUUCCAGGGGUUGGAGGAUGAGGAAGAGGACGGUGAUAAUCAAGAGAAGAAGAAUGGCGCUGGUGCUGAAAAAAGCGAGAAAGAUGUCACUGACUCUGCUCCAGUGUCUGAAACUGAAGUGAAACCGAUUUCUCCUUCCCCUCCUUCUCCUCUCCCUCAGUCUCUUCCUGCUCUGGUCCCUGAGGCUGUGCCCUCUGCUGCCCCCUCUGGCCUGGAGGAGCCUCAGCCUGCCCCCUCCAUUCCCAACAAACUACCAAGUGAAGUGUUAUCAGAGGCCAUGUUAGAUUUGAGCCCCAGUGCCUCCUCCAGUCUGCCUUCAUCGCCUCUCUCUUCAUCCUCUGCUGCUACUGACCUCCCACCACCGGGGGGUGAUAUUGAGGAUGAUGAGGGCAUGAAGCACCUGCAACAGGAGGCAGAGAAGAUGGUGGCAGCGCUCCAGGACACAUCUCUAGAGGAAGAGUGUUUCACCCAGACUCUUCAGGAGAGCAGAAACACAGCCUCUGCUCUUCCUCUCUCCCAUGACUCUGCUAUGAAAUGGUUUUACAAAGACCCACAAGGAGAGAUUCAGGGCCCUUUCAGUACAGUGGAGAUGUGUGAAUGGUUUCAGGCGGGGUAUUUCGCCAUGAACCUGCUUGUUAAACGUGGUUGUGAUGAGGGAUUUCAGCCGCUGGGAGAAGUCAUUAAGAUGUGGGGGCGUGUGCCUUUCGCCCCUGGCCCCUCCCCUCCGCCCCUCCUGGUGAGGAAGCAAGCCGACCUUCGCCCUCACCCACCCCGGGGGGCAAUCGGUAAUAUGGAUCAGGAGCGGCUGAAGAAGCAGCAGGAAUUAGCUGCCGCCAAGGCUCUUUACCAGCAACUCCAGCAACAGCAGCUGUUCCAACUCAUCAACAGGUGUGAAGAGCAGGGUAUGAUGCCUUCGUUAAACAGGUCGAUGUCAGUGCCAGAUACAGGGUCCAUGUGGGACAUGCAUACCUCAGCCUCACAGCCAGCAGGCGGUGAGGCCAGUCUAUGGGACUUAAUGAAUUCUUCAACUCAGGGUCCAAUUCUAGAACAGCUUCAGAAGCUACAUGAGAGAAGAGAAGCUGAACUCAGGGCCAAGCGUGAGGAAGAAAUCUUUCAGCAGGAUUUGCUAAUGAAGUUGCUCCAGCAGGCUCCACGCCAGGGUUCCUCAGGCUCCGGGUCGAGCUGGAGCGGAGGACCCAUCCCUGGGCUGGGAAAGCAGACCAAGCCCCUCAACCUCCUGGAUGUCCAGCAGGAGGCUGAAAGAAUGCACAAACAACAGCACAGAGUCCAACAGCAGCAGAGGUGGGGUGAUGCCUCUUCGUUGUGGGGAGCGGCUGGAUCUUUGGAUGGAAAGGUGGGUGGUGGCAGCCCCUCUGGAGGAGGGAUGGGAGUCUGGGAUGAGGCUCUCAAGAACCAGAGCACACUUCGCAACAACAUGGGGCUGAAGAACAGCCGCAGCAGUCCCUCACUGAGUGAGCAGUACAUGAUGAGAGGCCGUAAACACACUGAGGAGGAGGAGGAGCGGCUGUUGAAGCUCCUGCAGGGGAUGAAGUCUCAGGAUGGCUUCACCACCUGGUGUGAACAGAUGCUGCAUGCGCUCAACACCUCCGCCAAUAACUCCUCCUCUUCCCAGGAUGUGCCUACCAUUGUGGCGUACCUGAAGGAGGUGGAGUCCCCGUAUGAGGUGUUGAACUUUAUCUGCUCCUACCUGGGCGACACUGUCGAAGCCAAAGAGUUUGCCAGACAGUUCCUGGAGCGCCGUGCCAAACAGAAAGCUAACCACCAGAGACAGCAGCAGCAGCUCUCCAAAGAGAUGGCUGGACUUAGCAUGAACAACUUCCCUCUGCAGGAUACUGUACGAGGAAUGAACCCCAGUGCCCUGCAGACAAUGUUCCAGGCAGUGCAUUCUGGGAAGGGGGGUGUGGUCUAUGAUCAGGCAGCAAAGCUGAAGAAGAAACAGCCCAUGAUGCUGCACUCUGACCCAAGCAUCUUAGGUUACUCAUUCCAUGGUGGCCCUGAUCGGUAUGGUCUAAACGAGAUGGAGAUGGUGGAGGAUUACUGAAUCCACAGCAAUAGCUACACGAGGCCUUUAAACCCGCGGGUCCACCUAAUCAGACUCCGCAAGUCGAAUGUGCACUGCUUUGAGGGAGAGGGGUUUGGGGAUAAGCCAGGAGUAAGGUAUCGGUUUAGGGGUGGGUGGGUUUUGCUCUGGGAAUAGAAGAAUGUAAUUCAACAGGGAAGGGAACAGGUGUGAAUUUAUUUUUGUGUGUGUGUGUUUUCGGGGGAUGGGGGGUGAUAAAGUUCUGGCACUUACAGCAUUAAGCACCUUACACUCAGACUAAUGCACUUUAUUAAGAUUUUUUUUCGAGAAGAUUUACUUGUAUAUUUAUGUGGUAUGCUUCAGAAAUGUUACCACAUAUAUAUAUAUACUGUGUGUGUGUGUUGAAACAGAACUGGAGUUUGUGCUGGGAGGAAAUGGUGGCGAUUGGGGGACCAUUGCGCGUUUCAGUUCAGACAUUAUCAGAAAAACAAAUCCUCUCUUUAAAGACAAACACUGUUGUUUUUUUAUAUACAUAUAUAUAAAGUUUCUAUUAAAAAAUUUAAAGCUAUUAUAAAAAAAACUUUGAUUAUAAAACUUGAAGAUUUGCACUCACAUAAAAUGCAAGUUAAAAAGAUAAAAAAAAAAAUGCGUUAGAUAUUAGAGAUGAAUAUUUUUGUGAU